GGUGGCCGGGCAGGGGCAGCCCCGACCUGUCCCCUCCUAACUGGGCUGUCGGCCCACCGUCCCCCCUUGCAGUACGUUCCCGUCAAGGGCGACCACGUCAUAGGAAUAGUGACGGCCAAAGCGGGGGACGUCUUUAAGCUGGACGUCGGGGGGAGCGAGCAGGCGUCGCUGUCCUACUUGGCCUUUGAAGGAGCCACGAAGAGGAACAGGCCGAAUGUGCAGGUGGGAGAUCUUAUUUAUGGUCAGUUCCUUGUAGCAAAUAAAGACAUGGAACCAGAGAUGGUCUGUAUUGACAGCAGUGGAAGAUCAAGUGGAAUGGGAAUAAUUGGACAAGAUGGCUUCCUCUUUAAAGUUUCCUUAGGUCUGAUAAGAAAACUCUUGGCUCCCAAAUGUGAAAUAAUUCAGGAGUUGUCACAAUUGUACCCAUUUGAGCUGGUGCUGGGAAUGAAUGGAAGAAUAUGGGUAAAAGCUAAAACAGUUCAACAGACUUUAAUUAUAGUAAAUAUUUUGGAAGCCUGUGAGUAUAUGACUGCAGAACAGAGAAAACAAGCACUUGCCAAAUUGUCAGGGAAUUGAUAAGAGAGAACCUUGAGGAUUUGGUUGAGAUGACUGUAGGGUGUUUUGGUUAUUUUUGCAUUCAGAUUUAUAUUAAAAGCCUUUUUUUAAAUUAAGUACUAGACUUUUGUGUUAUUCUUCAGCUCCCUUCUUUAUCCACUCAGCUUGUUCUGUCUUGCUUAGGAACUUUGGUUUUUACUUGCUUUUAUGAUAAUGAAACCCUGUUUAUGUUUAUGGAUUUUCUGACUUAUGUGGAGACAGUCUUUAAAAGCUUCCAUUAGCUCUGAGUUUUGAGGUCUAAGGAAGUCUUUUGUAAGAAAAUGGUCAGUUUGUAAACUGCAUAUAUUUGGGUUUUUUGUCAAUAUUAACAUUUCAAGCAAUACAUGUUUGCUUGGGGUAGCAGAAGGUUUUCUACCAGUCAUUCAUUCUGGUCAGGUGCUCUAAUUACACAGUGACAAGAAGUGAUUAUUUAAUACUUCACCAAAUUUGGGGAUAGAAACACUGGUGGAGAAUACCAGAAAAAAAAUUACAUGGUGUAGCAUUAAAUAAUCAUAGGGUGGUUAAGGCAGAUGAUCAGAUAAGACUGAACAUAUGGUCACAGUGACCUUACUACUUUUCCCUAAAAGAUAACCUGGCUAGUAGUCUUAAGGAAAUAGUGAUUAGGAUGCAAUUUCAGUAUGAACCUUCAGGAGGCUUAAUGGCUCACUGGAGGUAAAAAAAAUACACUUAACAGCAAUGCUAUCUGAAGUCACUUGCAACUUUUUCGUAAGUGCUUUUUAACUAGAGAUUAGGUAAAGCAGCAACAGCCACAUAUUUCGUAAUUCUAGACCUUGUAGACUUACUUUGUUUUGUUACAGCAUGAAGAUUCCAUACAGCUUUGUUUCAUGUUUAACAAAAUCAGCAUUUCUGAAAAAGGAUGUAUUAGGCUUCAUUGUGUAGUAGUUCCUCACAUAGAAUCAUUUGGUUGCAGAAGACCUUUAAGAUCAUUGAGUCCAACUGUACCUGUUCACUACUAAACCAGAUCACUAAGCACCUCAUCCACCCAUCUUUUAAAUAUCUCCAGGAAUGGGGACUCAACCACAUCCCU